AUGACAACAACAACAACAAAGAGCAAAGAAAUAUUUAUUCAAGAAGCAAUCAUAGAAACAUCAAGAUUAAUCUUGAAUGAAAUAACUCAUGAUGAUGUUGAAUUUAUCUUUAAACUGUGGAAUGAUGAUAUUGUAUCUAGAUGGAUAGGUAAUAGAGGUAUAAAUGAUUUAAAUGGAGCACAUAGAUGGAUAGAUGAGAAUCCAAUCUUGGGAUAUAAAAGAGAUGGGUUUGGAUUAUGGUUGGUUAGAAUCAAAGAAACAUUGGAGCCAAUUGGGAUGAUUGGAUUGGUAAAUCGAGCACAAAAAGUAAUAAGACAAGAUGAGAUCAACAUUGGCUUUUCACUCAUCACUGGUCAUCGUUCCAAGGGAUAUUGUUAUGAAGCUGCCAAAGAAGUAAUGGAAUACGCUAAAAAGAGAAAUGUCCAUGUCGUAGGAUCAACUCAUAUUGACAAUAUAAACUCUAAAAAGGUAUUGGAAAAGUUGGGGUUAAUCUAUCACAGUAGUUUCUCAAUUCCUGGUUUCAAUGGUGAAUAUAUUUUAUUGGUUCAAGAAAAAGAUAAAGAAUUAGAAGGAAAAGAAGAAAAACAAGAAGAAGAAAGAAAUGAUUAA